CUGAAGUCCCCCUCCAACUAGAGUACGAGCUCCAACCAACAGACCAAGCCGGUCACGGCAACUUCCGGAAACAUAACGUAUUCACGAUGGGACCUACCAGUGUGAAUAAGAUCACAACACUGCAGAAAAAUCCAGCUAACAUAAGAAACUUCUGUAUCCUGGCACAUGUUGAUCAUGGUAAAACCACUUUGGCUGACUGCUUAGUAGCAAGUAAUGGUAUUAUUUCGUCUCGCCUGGCGGGGAAGCUAAGGUAUCUGGACAGCAGAGAGGAUGAACAGAUCAGAGGAAUCACCAUGAAGUCCAGUGCCAUCUCUCUGCACUUCAGCAGUGGAGAUCAGGACUUCUUGCUAAAUCUCAUCGACUCUCCUGGUCACGUUGACUUCUCCUCUGAAGUUUCCACUGCUGUCAGGCUGUGUGACGGAGCAGUUGUAGUCGUCGAUGCUGUGGAGGGAGUGUGUCCACAGACCCAGGUUGUACUUCGCCAGGCAUGGCUGGAGAACAUCAAACCUGUUUUGGUCAUCAAUAAGAUAGACAGACUCAUCAUGGAGCUGAAACUUACCUCCCAGGAAGCUUACACCCACCUGCAGAAAAUCCUGGAGCAGGUGAACGCAGUGACCGGGACGCUGUUCACAUCCAAAGUUCUGGAGGAGCGAGCGGAGAAAGUGAAGGAAGAGGUGGAGCCGUGCAGCCGAGACCAGGUUUAUGACUGGAGCGCCGGGCUGGAGGAGGUGGAUGACUCCCACAUCUACUUUUCUCCUGAUCAAGGGAACGUGGUGUUUAGCAGCGCCAUAGAUGGAUGGGGUUUCAGCAUCCAGCAGUUUGCCAGCAUCUACAGUGACAGGAUGGGCAUAAAGGCGGCGGUUCUGCUGAAAACCUUGUGGGGAGAUUUCUACCUUAAUGCAAAAGCAAAGAGAAUCCUGAAAGGAGCCCAGGCCAAAGGAAAGAAGCCGCUGUUUGUGCAGCUUGUCCUGGACAACAUUUGGAGUUUAUAUGAUGCAGUCAUCACUAGGAGAGACAAAGAGAAGGUGGAGAAGGUGGUGUCAUCUCUUGGGAUAAAAGUGGCGCCCAGAGACUUGCGUCAUUCUGACUCCAAAGUCCUGUUGUCAGCCAUCUGCAGCCAGUGGUUACCUGUUUCCCAGGCUGUCCUUUCGAUGGUGUGUGAGAAGCUUCCCAGUCCGUUGGACAUGGCAGCAGAGAGGGUUGAGAAGCUGAUGAGUGCUGGAGCGCCAAGAUUUGACUCUCUACCGGAAGAGACCCAAAAACUGAAAACAGCAUUCCUUCAGUGUUCCAGUGGAGAUGAAGCUCCUGUCAUCAUCUUUGUAUCAAAGAUGUUUGCUGUAGAUGCCAAAGCCUUGCCACAACAUAGACAAAGGCCGUUAAACCAGGAAGAGAUUUCUCAGCGUAGGGAGAUGGCCCGCCAAAGACAUGCAGAGAAGAUGGCAGCUGAUAAAAAACCAGAAGAGGUCACCAACCCAGACAGUAAUCAGCUGGAAGGCCAGUCUGCAGGACUCACAGGUGUCUUUUUUCUGUUACCAGCUAAGAUGGAGAUUGUGACCAUACAAGACUCAAAGCCAGAAGAGGAAAAGGAGCUGAAUGAGACCUUUAUAGCCUUUGCCCGGGUCUACAGUGGGAUGGUUAAGAAAGGUCAAAGGAUGUUUGUUCUGGGACCAAAGUAUGACCCUGCCCUGGGCCUGAGCUUGCUGCCGGAGGGCUGCAGUGUGUCCGACUGCAUAUCUAAUGUACCUCAUCUGUCCUGCUGUUCCAUGGAAAACCUUUACCUGCUGAUGGGCAGAGAGCUGGAGGAGCUGGAUGAGGUCCCUGCAGGAAAUAUCCUGGGAAUCGGAGGGCUGGAGGAUUGUGUUUUGAAGUCGGCUACGCUGUCAGUUUCUCCUGCAUGCCCACCCUUCAUCCCACUCAACUUUGAGGCCACACCUAUUGUACGGGUUGCAAUAGAACCCAAACAUCCAAGUGAAAUGCCAAAACUUGUACGUGGGAUGCGUUUGCUGAACCAGGCUGAUCCGUGUGCAGAGGUUCUCAUACAGGAAACGGGAGAACACGUUCUGGUCACGGCCGGAGAGGUGCACCUGCAGCGCUGCCUGGAUGACCUCCGAGACCGGUUUGCUAAAAUAGAGAUCAGCGUGUCCAAACCCAUCAUCCCAUUCAGAGAAACCGUGAUACGUCCUCCCAAAGUGGAUAUGGUGAAUGAGGAGCUCGGCAAGCAGCAGAAAGUUGCCGUCAUUCAUCAGGUGAAAGAAGAGUCUUGUCAAGGUCGUUCAUCUGACACCCUACACGUGGACCCCAGUGGUCUAGUUACCCUCACUACUCCCAACAGACUGGCUACCAUCUGUGUCCGGGCUAUACCAUUACCAGCGGAGGUGACGUGUCUGUUGGAGAGUAGCUCAGAUGUAAUCCGGACGCUGGAGCAGAUAAACAUGUCCAUGAGGGAGGGGAAGACCGUGGACAUCGGUCUCCGGACCCUGGAGGCCAUUGCUGGUUUGAAGAGCCAACUAGAGAGCUUGUUGCAGGGGAGGAAGUGGAGGAAUGCUGUGGAACGUAUCUGGGCCUUUGGGCCUCGUAGGUAUGGUCCCAACAUCCUGCUGAACAGCGUGAAGUCCUACAACCGACCCUCAGUGUGGCAGUGUCUGGGUCAGGGAGACAAAACCCUUCAGGCUGGAGCUCCAGCUGCUCUACGAGACUUUGACAACAGCAUUGUCAGUGGCUUCCAGUUAGCAACUUUGUCAGGGCCCAUGUGUGAGGAGCCGCUGAUGGGAGUUUGCUUCUCUGUUGAGAGGUGGGACAUUCAGUCUUCAGCCACACCACAACAUCAGGAUCCCAUGAAAGAAGACUCUGAGUCCACUGAGACGUUAUCAGACAGCAGAAGCAGUGAGGACGUGGUAGAAAGGCCUAGACAAGCCGAACACAGAGCAGAAGCUGCUCCAGCAGACUGCUAUGGACCAGUGUCUGGCCAGCUGAUAGCUGCUAUGAAAGAGGCCUGUCGCCACGCAUUCCAAGCCCAACCCCAAAGACUCAUGGCAGCCAUGUAUACUUGUGAGAUCAUGGCCACCGCAGAAGUCCUAGGACGGGUCUAUGGUGUACUGGGGAAGCGAGAGGGCAGAGUCCUCCACGAAGAGAUGAAGGAGGGGACGGAUAUGUUCAUCAUCAAGGCUGCUCUGCCUGUUGCUGAGAGCUUUGGAUUUGCAGACGAGAUUCGCAAAAAGACCAGCGGAUUGGCCAGCCCACAGUUGUUCUUCAGCCACUGGGAGGUGAUCAGCAGUGAUCCAUACUGGGUUCCCACCACAGAGGAAGAAUACCUGCACUUUGGGGAGAAAGCAGACUCCGUCCUCCAAGCCCUGAAAUACAUGAAUGCUGUCCGCCGACGGAAAGGUCUCUACGUGGAUGAGAAGAUCGUGGAGCAUGCAGAGAAGCAGAGGACGCUCAGCAAGAACAAGUAGAGAACAAAACUAACCUCUCUAUAAACUCUGACUGAUGACAUCCAUCCUUUGAGGCACAUAAUUUGCUUUCUGGAUGGUGUCUUUCACGAGUCUGUUAUGGCUCUAAGUUUUAAAUAAUUAUUGUGUAACAAUCUCCUGAUGUGUGGUUGAAUUAUUGUUGAGAGAAAUAAAUUUAUUAGACUGAAUAAACUUCCCAUUUUGAUGAAAAAUCCAGAUGCAACUAAGUUCGACCUCUGCAUUGUUUUGGGUUCUUUUGAUUCUGAUUGUGAUUUGAAGUAUUUGUAAGUACAAAUACCAACAAAUAUUUGUAAUUUAUUGUAAUUAUAACCAUUUCUUUAUCAUAUUUUGUGUGAGACUGAUACCAAAGUGCUGAAUAAACAUUUCUUCUGA